GCGGACUUUGCGGUGGCCUUCGUCGACAUCGCAGACCUCAGUGGCGAGGAGCGAUUCAAGGUGGAUUUUCUGGAGCUUCGCAACUCAGAGCUCCAGGUGGUGGCCGUGGCCAAGCUCCACUCUGCCGCACAGCGCCGGUGGACUCCCGAGCCGAUGCCGCCACCGUCACAGGCAAAGUUCCUGGACUACACAGUGGAUGCGCAGGCACCCUGCUUGCUCAUGCCUUCUUCAGCGGCGGGAUGA